GGAGGCACACGGACGAAGCGAGAGUGUGUGAAGGGAAAAUAAACCAAAGCAAAACAACAAAACAGGUAUCGAAGAAGCCCACACAAACACUUGGGUGUAGCAGUGAGAACAAGAACAAGGUUGAGUCCAGAGCAGAGGAGACAGGAGCACAGGAAAGGAAGAGGAAGAGGAGGAGGAGGAGGAGGAGAAAGAGUGAAAGAGGACAGAGAGGCAGAGAGGCAUCACAGUGUGGGACAGGUUCUUUCAGCAGCCUUUGCACUCAGCCUCAGCAGACAUGCCUAACUUUGCCGGCACCUGGAAGAUGAAGAGGAGUGAGAAUUUUGAUGAACUUCUCAAAGCCCUGGGAGUGAACGCCAUGCUGAGGAAGGUGGCCGUGGCAGCUGCCUCCAACCCCCACGUGGAGAUCCGUCAGGAUGGGGAGCAGUUCUACAUCAAAACCUCCACCAGCGUGCGCACCACCGAGAUCAACUUCCACAUCGGCGAAGAAUUCAAUGAGGAGACGGUGGAUGGACGAAAGUGCAAGAGUCUCGCCACCUGGGAGUCGGAGAAUAAGAUCCACUGUCAGCAAACUCUGGUGGACGGUGAUGGCCCCAAAACCUACUGGACUCGAGAGCUGAACGGUGACGAGCUCACAUUGGUGAUAAAAGCAGCAUGCUGCCACUCCAGUGACACUUUGACCCAUCUGUCCCGGAUGAGCUGGAGAGUUCACACGCUGUAUUUUUGGGGCAGAUGACGUAGUGUGCACACGAAUUUAUGUCCGGGAAUGAAGCUCUACAACCCUCAUCAAGACAAAGCAGAAAACCCAGUUGGACCACAACUUGCUUAAACCCAACAACACCCUGACCUGCUAACACGCUAACACAUUUGCAAAGUAUCCUGUGUAAUCUCUCAGCAUCAGUUUGCAUAGUCUCCACAAACAGUAACAAUGUCUCUGUCAUUAUUUGUAGUGAGUGUUGCAUCUGCAGCACAGUAGCUGGACAUCUCAGUGUCCAUAUCCGCAACCCUGGUGUCAGCUCUUUGCGUAGGAUUUAGUCAUCAGUUGCACUGAUAAAAUAUUCAUGUUCAACGACAGGAAAUAAUAAAAACUGAACAAUCAGUAUCAGAGCCUCUUUCUUGUGAACAUGCAUUCCCAUUAAAGGUGUCUUAUAGAUUUUCAUGUAAACAAACAUGCUUAAAUUCAAUGUUUCCCACCAAUCUUCAAGUCUGACAAAACAUGAUAAAUACAUUUCCUUUGUCAUAAAACAUACGUAAACUUGUAUUAUUUACUUUAGCACACAGUCUUCUCUGUUGCAUCUUUUGUUGGUACAUUGCUGUAUUGACUCAUUACUGCCACCAUCUGUCAAUAAGAAGAACAGUGUGACCUGUGUGCACUAUACAUUUACAUCACCGCCCUCUACAGAUGGCAGAACUUUGUAUAACAUCUCCUAAGAAGUCAUGACUUGCUCAUUA